UUAACUUUCACAACUUAGAAUCGCUUUGUGCCAAGUUUUGUUGAAAUUGGCCCAGUAUAGUUCUUGAGAAUAUGACGAAAAUGAGAAAAGUUUACAGACAGACAGACAAAAUGUGAUCAGAAAAGCUCACUUGAGCUUUUAGCUCAGAUGAGCCAAAAAAUGAUUCUACACAACCAAAUCUAUUAUGGGCUGCAUAAACUUUUUAAUCACCCUAACGUCAUUUUUUUAACACAUCAAAAGCAAAUUUUAAACUUGAAAUUCUUAACCUCAAAACAUCAACUCUGACAUUGAUUCAAUUCACUUGUCUAAAUAAACUUUUUUCUUGUUUAUAAUUGAUGUAUGUUUAUAGCAUACUUUCAUGGUUUUGGUGAUGAUUGUAAUUCAGGUCUCUGAUGUCUUUGUGUCAAAAACGUCCACCCACAGGGUGGUUAGACUAGACCAAGGGGGUGGCGUUUCAAUUAAGAUGUGGGGAUCCAAGUCCUCCAUUUCCCCAGGAAUAGGCUCAAGCAUUGAAGCAAAAUGUUUGAAGGUCGCUUCAUACAAAGACAAAAAGGAGUUCCAUUCCACCCAAAGUACUACCAUCAAAGAGGUUGAAGAGCAAGAGAAAUCAUUUGCAGGAAUAAUUACCAGCAUCGAUUUUGACAGUGGACUUGCCGAUGUUGAGGUAAAGGGGAUUGAGGAGUCGGUUUUAAUUCCUCCUGCACUCCUCCAAGAACUCUUUCCCACCAGUGUGUUCUCCACGAGACUACCACUCACUGGAAUUAAAGUGGAAAACAAACUUGUUAAAAUGUAA